ACUGAUUAGUGGUCUCUGUCUACAAACUCGCUCCAAGUUUUCUGGGUUUUAGGCUCUUUGGAGUAGCACUCUCUUUGCAGAGGUGCUGGGCUCAUUUGCUUUCCAGCAAAUAAUGCAAACUGGAAACAUCUUUUUAAAACACCACAUAUUGCUGAAUGGAUCAGGUCCAUAUUCUUCAUAUUAAGUGUUGCUAUAAAAUCACCAAAUCAGAAACUUUCAGUGAAAAAGCAUAAUUUUAAAUGAAAACUUCAUCAGGAGACAAUUCAGAGAAUGGAAUUUUUGGUUAAAAAGAAAGAGAAUGAACCCAGUACGACCUUGUAGACAUGUGUUGUCCAAUACUGCAGAAGAUACACUUCAAACAACCUUACAAAACCUUCAGUGAGCUGGGUUAAUAACAUGGCCCUAAGUAUUCUAUAUCUCCCAAUGAGUGCUUUGAUCAGGAUCAUAUCAGUUAUUCUCUGUGUCUGUUAUCUAAAUAUGCAGAAAUAACAUUGCUCCAGGAGGCCCCUGAGCUGCAAAUAUCUGGAGUCUGAAAAUGCUCGAACAUUUGCGCUUUAUUGCUACAAUUCUCUCUAAGCAUCUGGUGUUGACUAUGGUCAGAAACAGGACUUGAGGAAACAUGAACAUUGGUUCCAACUCACUGUGGCUCUCUGCUGCUCUUAAAUUGUCAUAAACCAGAUGACAAAAAUGCAGGAAGAAAGAAAGAAUACCCACAUCUUCUCCACCCUUCAUAAAAUGGCAGGAACUGUAGAUUUCCUUUCAGGCAGCUGGUACUUUAGUGCAAAGUACUGUUUACUGCCACGAGAAGAACAGUUCCUGUAGAAGAAAUUAUAUAGACACUAUCUGGAAUGGGAGGAGUUGUGUGGCAGUUGGGCCUCCAGCUCUGCAUUGCUGCUGUGCUAAUCUUUGGUGGAGGAAGAGGAAGAGAGCUCUCUGGCAGCCUGAGCUGCCUGAAUAACUACGUGACGACUGUGAGCUGCAUGUGGGUAACGGAGAAGCCAGUGGGUGAUGGACCUUUCCACCUGCAUUUCACCAACCUCUGGUCAAAGGGCCACAACGCCAGCUGCAAACUGACUGCCACAGAGAGUAUGCAGAAUCAGUACCACUGCACAAUCCAUUUAGCCAGCCAGAUCUUGGAAACAGAUGGUUACAGAGUCUCUCUCCAAGGAAACUUCUUUGGACAUAAUCACACACACAUGACCUUUCCAGAGUACAAUCCCCGCAUGCACAUAAAACUUGAUCCACCUUUGAAUAUCCAGAGCAAUGCCACUGCCAGCAAGUGCCAGAUAUGGUGGAGUGUAUGGAAUGUGCCUUGGUACCUCGCUGAAAUUCUCCAAUAUGAGUUGCAGUAUAAGGAGUACAGCAUGUCCUGGGAGGUUGCAUUGAACAAGACACUACCCAGUUCACUACCACAGGUAGAAAUUGAAGCCACAGAGCUCCGCAGUGGCAUUGCUUAUGCUGCAAGAGUUCGCUGCAAAGUUUCUGAAAAUGAGAAUUCAUACCACAGUCAGUGGAGUGAGUGGAGCCAGACAACAGUGUUUCAAAGAACAGAUGUCCCAAAAGUCUCUGAAAAGAUUCUAAAUACCAAAAUUAUGCAGUACUUAUUCAUUCCUCUGAGUUUUGGCACUCUGCUCUAUUUAUUCUGGACCUGUAAGCUUUCCUCAAGGGCAAAAAGCCUCACAUGCUUUAACAUUCCCACGCCAGCUGCCUUCUUUCAGCCACUCUAUAGUUUACACAAUGGGAAUUUCAAGGACUGGGUUGGAUCAAAUGAGGCUUGUAGCCAACUUGAAAGAGAAGAGGACAGCAACUCAAACAAAGUGAAUGCAGAUAGAGUUUCUGAUUUAAACAACCAAGAACUGAUUUCCCAAAUCUCAUUGAAACCUACAGGAAGCACAGAUGCGGUUACUGCAGAAGAAAACUUUGCAUUUGCCUCAGGUCCAAGCCAGCGGUAUGUCCCCAGCAGGUACAUAAGAGCAGAAGAGAUAGAAUUGUGGCCAGGACUACUGUUUUCACCAAACCAUGCUGAUGAUACCGUUGGCCUGAAAAUCUCUGAAAUAAUUAAAGGCAACCUUGAGAGCCCUAGUGUUGGAAGGAAUUAUUCCUCUCACUCACAACAUGGAAACAGUGACCUUCUUAUGCUUCAAGAAUCUUUGGGGAUAGCAGAUGUGUCCUUCAGUGGUAGUGACUAUUGUACUUUGUGUGACAAAGAUACCACAGGAGGUUUGAUUUCUGCUGAACUGCUGAAGCUUUCUAAUGGAAAUAGUCAUGUUAAACAUCAGAAAGAUCAGUGACCUUCCCUGAGGAAUACUGCCUACAAAGUUCCUUGUGCUCUAUCACCUCCAACACUGUCCUCCCAAGCAGCAUUCGUGGUGACUGUGCAGACAGUUUCAAAUGUAUCAUUUUAAAAUACAUCCUCGACUUCUGUGCUUCAGAAGAAGAUUGUGACUAAGUCCCCUGUCUAGUAAAUACUACCCCUACAGCCAUGGCAAACCCUGACUCUGGCAACAUCUGCAGCCCCAGAGACAUAUGACUAUGCUCUUCCCUAAAUUAAUCUCCUGGCUGCAAGAUCCAGUAACCCUCUUGUUUAAGGAGACAGCAGCAGACCUGCUGUUUUCCUCAGGAAGAACUAUUAGAACUGUGUGCCUCUUGGAAGCAGCAAUAUUUGCAAUGUGAUGAACCAUGAUUUAAACUGCAUCAUUUUGUAAAAACUA